AUGGCCUCUCAAACCAACGGAUGCUCGCUGCCUCCCCUGGCAGAAUCUCCGGCAGUGUCUUACGUGCAGCCGAUUGCGCUGAAAGGCGCGGGCAGCCGAAUCCGUCUAGCAGCGAUGCUCACUUCAUCGGCGUCGGACUCCUUUAUAGGAAAGCAAGUCACUGUGUGCGGCUGGAGUCGCAGCGUCAGAAAGCAGGGGGGGGGCGACCUUUGCUUCGUGGUGCUCUCCGAUGGCAGCACCUCUGUCAACUUGCAAGUCGUCGCUGAACGCACAGUGCCCAACUUCGAAGUGCUCUUGAAAAGCGGCACUGGAUGCUCUUUCAGAUUCACAGGGCUUGUCGUGGAAUCUCCAGCCAAGGGACAGAAGCUAGAACUCCAAGUAAAGAACCCUGAAAGAGGUGAUAAGAUCGAAAUCCUCGGGAUGACAGACGCAUCCAGAUACCCCCUCGCAAAGAAAGAGCAUACGCGAGAGUAUUUGCGGGAGAUUGCACAUCUGCGGCCACGUUCUCAACUGAUGGGUGCCGUUACUCGCGUUCGUUCUCAGCUGGCGAUGGCAACGCACAGGUUUUUCCAGGAGAGAGGUUUCCUCCACGUGCAUACGCCGAUUAUUACUGCCUCGGACUGCGAAGGAGCAGGGGAGAUGUUUUCGGUGUCAACUCUGCUGCCCGAGGAGAAGACUCGGGGGGUCCCCUUGACGAAGGAGGGGGGCGUGGACUAUGCGAAAGACUUCUUCUCGCGCCACGCUUACCUUACGGUGUCUGGACAGCUGGCUGUUGAGCCAUAUUGCUGCGCACUCUCCGACGUGUACACCUUUGGACCAACAUUCAGAGCUGAAAACAGCCACACGAGCAGGCAUUUGGCCGAAUUCUGGAUGGUUGAACCUGAAAUCGCCUUUGCUACUUUGGAAGACGACAUGAACGUUGCCGAAGCUUACGUAAAAUUCUGCGUCCGCAGCUGUCUGGACAACUGCAGUGCAGAUAUCGACUGGUUCGAAAAGAACCAAGAAGGGGGUCUCAAGGCGCGGCUUGAGAACAUCCUUGCGGCCCCCUUCGAGAGGGUGACUUACACGGAUGCCAUCGUGAUGCUGCAGAAGGAGGCAAGCAAAGCCAACUUCCACGAGAAAGUGGAGUGGGGAAUGGAUUUGGCGAGCGAGCACGAGCGCUAUCUGACCGAGCAAAUAAUGAAGAAACCCGUUAUUGUCUACAACUACCCCAAGGACAUCAAAGCCUUUUACAUGAAACUGAACGAAGACGGAAAGACAGUCCGCGCGAUGGACGUUUUGGUUCCCAAGAUCGGAGAGCUUAUUGGAGGCAGCCAGAGGGAAGACAACCUCGAGAAACUAGACGCCAUGAUCAAAGAAAAGGGGUUGGAUAUUGCUCCCUACUGGUGGUAUCGAGAACUCAGAGAAUACGGCACCGUCCCCCACGCUGGCUUUGGCCUGGGAUUCGAGAGGCUCAUCAUGCUCGUCACUGGCAUCGAAAACAUCAGAGAUACGAUUCCUUACCCCAGAUAUCCUGGACACGCCGAAUUUUAA